AUGACGAACGUCUCAAAGUUUACGGUGAAGAAGACAGCACGGCGAAAGAUCCGGGCUGUACCGCACGUCCCCGGUUCUCGUCUGCCUCCUAUUGCCACGCGUGAAUCAUUGAUAGGAAUUGACUUUCAACGUAAGUCACUCACUAUUCCAUCGACCAUGGAGUACUUAUCGAAUCCCAACAACCAGGACACGCUUCCUUCGGAAAUUCUGCAACAAGCUCACGAAGAGAGUGAAGCCCAGACUUAUUCACCCGAAGCCAGCGAGCUAGCCGGAACGCGAAGAGAUGAUGAAAGCGAGUUAGCGAGAUCUCGCAAGAAGCAGAAGGUGGACUGGGGCGACUACCAAGUUCAAAUUGAUAAGCUACAGCAGGAAAUCGCAGAAGUAAAAGAACGUUUAGCCUCCCCGCAGCAUGAGUCUUCCAGUGCAGCAUACGAGCUGGGUAAGCGCUGCAUCGAGGCGAAGCAGACCGCUACCACCAUGAAGCGCAAACUGGCGGAACAUGCCCACUGGUUGCAACGAGUUAGCAGUUUGAUGGAAACUGCACCGCUUUUCGACUUUGCUGUAUCGCGUGGCGACCAGAAAGAAACGAAUUUACAACGAAGUAUGGACGCUCUAGCCGGGUGGCGGGGGGAGACCAAGGAGCGUCCACAUCCUCGUUUGAAACUGGACGAACGUCUUCGUGCAGCUGUGGCGAUUUGUCAAGAGAACGCGUUGAAGCUCUUGCGUGAUGCCGCUGAAGGCUCGCCAUCUUUCCAGCUAUCGCUCCAAUUCGAGUCUCAUGGAUGGGAGAUCGCAACGGGGACGCUGAUAAACGACCACAUCGGCUUUACGUGUCAUCGUGUGCUUCCUUCUGCCAUGGCCAAGGAUGUGGCGAUGGCGCUUUGGAACUCCCUGGAGCGUGAUGAGAUCUUCCGAACGUUUGUGCCGCUCGUACAAGACUCCAUCAUCACGCACCAGGAGACGAAUUGUUCGUUGUUGUGCCGGAUGCUUGUGUUGUCACAAGAGAUGAAUCAACAAGCAGUUGCGACAGUCGAGGCCAUCAGCGCAACACACGACGAAGACGGACCGUGGCAGAUUUCCAUGGAAGCUGUGCAUGAUCACUAUCUGUGCACAUUCGCGGCAGAGGCGGCAGGUGACGCUGUCAGUCAGAACUCGUCGCCGCCUAUGAAACUGGACCUUGGGCUUCAAAUGAGCAAGCUCAAUAUGCACAACAACUUCGUGAUGGGAGCGCGCGUGGUCAAGACGGAUGAAGGCGUGGACGUGUUUAUUGCUGGCUCGGCACGCUUCGAUCUUCCAUGCUACCAUGACCCAACAUUCAACCUGCUUCAGCACUUUGUGUCACACAUGCCUGUGUACGAAGACCUCCAUUUAACUGCACUCGGCGAGGCAGCGUUGGACGUUUCGUAA